UACCAAGCAGUUGUGGGAAAUUCAAGUUCCAUCGAAAUUCUUCGAUCACACAUCGAAAUUGGAAAAUAAAAUUGUUUUAAAACUUUGAAACAAAGGCUCUUAGGAUGUAUGUUUUAAUAUAGUCUGUUUUCUCGUCUGUGAAUCGGACAAAUUGAGUAAAUUCUGAUUGAAGAAAAUGUCAAGUUUAGCUGUAUUCCCUGCACCUUAUCUUCAUGAUCUUGAUACAGUUACAAUAAGCGAAUACAAUUCUAACUUUCUUGUUGGUGAGAACCCGAGGGAGCUGCAACCAUGUUUGUAUACGUUCGGACAGGAUGGAAGAUUUGAUCAAAUCUUAGCAUCAGAAGAUCCCUUAAAAAUGCCAACAAAUCUUGCAAGAGAUUACUCAGAGUCACCUUUCCUUGCUGUGGAAGAGUCGUUGUCACAAAAAUUAUAUAAUAUAUGGUUAUCAGAAGGCUUUAAUGGUGUUUUGGAAGAAUUAAGUCAAACAGAGUCUAAUGAAGUCCCAUUGGCCAUUUCCUCUGUUUCGAAAUGUCUUUUCGCAUUUAUCAAAUGGGUUGAAAAUUUUUCAGAAAAAUUUGUUUUCGGGAAACAGAACCAAGAACAUCUUGAAUCUGAAUUUUCAAGUGAAUGCAGAGGACCUAUCAAAGCCUUUGCAUGGCACCCACAUUUGGCCAAGUUUGCUGUUGGUCUUGAGGAUGAUUCAAUAAGGAUCUUCGCUGUUAAAAGGGGUCUUACAAAACUUUUAAACAACAGAUACCAGAAAGCUGUUUCCUGUUGCGCUUGGAGGCCGUUAUCGUCUUCAGUGCUUGCUGUUGGCUGUCAAAAUGGAAUUAUGAUUUGGACGAUUAAUCAACAUUCGUCAGCCAUACGACAAGGAGCGAGCUCAGUUCAACAUUUGGUACAUCCGGGGCAUUCAUUCGUAACCUCGAUGUCAUGGAGUCCAGGUGGAAGAUUAUUAGUGUCAGGUUCUGCUUCAAGUGGAGCAAUGAUGGUAUGGGACGUAACCAUGGAAAGUGGAACAGCUCUUCAUCGCAUUGGUGGCUCGAUAUCACAGGUGACCUGGUCUCCUUGUGAUACCAAAGUAUUUGUAGCUGCUACAUCUUCACUUAUCAGAGUUUGGGAAACGCAAAGAUGGACCUGUGAAAAGUGGACGAAUCUGGCCUCGAAUUGUCAGGCAGCGUGUUGGAGCCCUGAUGGGAAAUUUCUGUUAUUCUCUGUUGCCGAAGAAAAAAGCCUAUACUACCUCAGAUUUUGCGAACCUGUAGGAACUACAGGUAUGGAGAAUUUUAGUAUUGGAGGUGCUAAAAUGGCAGUGAAAUGUGCAGAUUUGUCCGAACAUUCAUGGGAAGUGAAUGGGAAAACUGUCAGUAUUGGCGGGUAUGUCAGCAAUAUGGCGUGGGAUCCGAAUGGCGAAAGACUUGCCCUUAUUUUAAAAGAUGAUACGGGAAAAACACAAGACUACAUUCCUGUCUUCAAGACGAAUCUUGAAAAUAUAUUUGACUUAGUUCCAAGUGGUUUUAUUCACGGCGCACCAAGUGACGGUCAACCUCAGAAUUUGUCAUUUCAACAGAAUUACAGGCAAGGAGCAUUGUUAUCAAUAAUCUGGUCCAGUGGCAAGAUUUCUUUCGUCCCAAUGAUAUUUUCCCCAAGAGCUAUGAUCCGAAGAAACGGUCGGCACGAACAAAUCCCUGUUAAUGGACAUGGUAACACUGGUCUGUAUUCUAACGUGGACAACAAUAGUCGAUAAAAGCUAUGGCAAUUGACUGACGAUUCAAGUGAGUUAUAUAAGGAGGUUAUAACUAUCUCGACUGAAACAUAUUGCUCGCUGAUCUGAGAUUACAGUGGACGCAACAGUGGUUCAUUUAAAAUUCUGGCUUCCCCAACAAUGAAGAAUUUUAUGAAUGAACAGCAAUGAAGGAUUUUACGAUCUACGGA